GUGAGCAAAAACUGUCAUGGAGGGUUGUUUAAAGGUUCUGAAAACAUCGAAAAAUGAAUCUGAUCUCAUAAAAGAGUUAAAAAUUUUCAGCGAGGAUUAUCGUUCUACAUUCUCGUUCGAUGACACUGAUGUUUGUUCGCGAAGGGAGUUCAUAGACGCAAUUUUGAAGGAAUUGCUCGAUCGAAGUCAYAGCACAGAGUUYCAAGUGAAAKCACUCUCAGCUCUUCGUAUUUUAAGCCGUGAUAAAAAUGGUUUGGGUCUUUUGGUUUCUGAAUCUGCUUGUAAGACGCUGUUYAUCUUAGCAGGCUUAUAUGUUGAACCCGAAGARGAAAARAAGKCAGAAAAUGGCGAGGGUGAGACAUCUCACAAYGCUGAAGGSACCACAGCUGCAGUUUCAAAAGAACAACAAGUUGGGGGCCGUAAAACAAAACCGAUGGCGUCUGAUCGCAACGAGCAGAUUAUUAUGGACUUUCAGGCAACAAAGGACAAUAAAGAUACGAUUGUUGAGGCGUUGAAAUGCUUGUGCAACAUAUCAUUUCAGAAUAAAAUGGCACGGGAUCAUUGUAUGGCCUAUCAGAUCUCAGCUGGUCUUGUGAAACGRACCAAACUUUGGUUCAGUCGCGAUGAAAUUKCAUCUGACAUCAGCUAUUUUGAUUUGAGAAUGCUUUUCCUUCUUACAGCAUAUGAUCCUUCAGAGCGCAUCACAGUUGUCAAUCAUGGCGGCGUCUGCACACUGACUCAYUGYCUAGACACAGUUAUUCCAGGACAGACAGGCAGAGAUAGAGUGCAUGCUGCAGGUGCUAAUGAUGGAUGUGGAGAGGUGGAUUCUGAUUCAUUAGAAAAAAUGAGUGUCAUUCAGAGGUUUAUGAUAGAAAAAUCCCCACACACCUAUGACAUGGAUGAAGAACAAAUACGCUUGGCCAUUGAGACYUUAAAAGUACUGUUCAACAUWACAAUGGCAUUACCUAAAGAGCUGGAUAAUGACACAAUGGAACAUUAUGAAAGAGUAGCCCUUAUCAUAUGCAGUUUAUUUGCUCACAACAGAAAGAUAACACAUGGCUCAGAGAGUGUUCAUAACCAAGCAAUCAAUGUCCUGACUAGUUUGCCAAAGAAGUGCUUAAAGUUUAUGUACUGGAGAGUUCCAAAGUUGAUCAGUCGAGCUCUGAAAGCUCAUCAUGAUUUGAGCAUUAUAAGUCCAUCGUUUAGGCAGUACUAUUUGUGCUACAACAUGUAUUCAAUCCAUGCCAUAUUGAACAUCCUUGAUGAGAGAAUAACCCAUGAUGAAGAACAGGAUUCCCUUAUAUCUAUACUAAGUGCACUUUGCUGUGCAUCCAGAGGAAAUAGAAUCAUCAGAAAGUAUUUAAAGUUUGAGAUUCUACCACCUUUGGGUAAAGUCACUCACAAAAGGCCAGAGGAAGGGCAUAAGAUAAGGAACAAACUGGUGAAACUCAUGACCUCUCCUGUUACAGAUUUAGCUGAUCUGGCUGCAGAGUUUUUGUUCAUCUUGUGCAAGGAAAAUGCAGACAGGUUGAUUAAGUAUACUGGUUAUGGCAAUGCUGCAGGUUUGUUGGCCCGCAGGGGACUGUGUGUAAGGAGAGAUGAGGGAGAUUAUUCAUCCGAGGAAGAAGAUUCUGACACAGAAGAAUACUUGGAAGUCAAGGACCAGAUUGACCCAAUUCUAGGUGCAAUCCCUCACGAGAGGCCAAAUCCACUGGAUUCAAUGACAGAAGAAGAGAAGAUCGAAGAGGCUGAGAAAUUAAGAAAUUUGAUCAUUGAGCUAAAUAACCUUGGAGUUAUUAAAACAGCCAAGUUAGGACCAGAUGGGCGUCCUGUUGCAACAUCUAUCAGUGAAGAAACUGAUGAAGAGAGCUUGCUUUGUGUUCAGGGUGAAGACAACCAAGACAACAACUCAUCAAAGAAGGAAAAUAAAGAGUAAAUAAUAAAAGCAACCUGGGCAAAAACUGUUAACAAUGUGACUGUGACUGAAACUGUUCCAGAUUCUACAAAACUCAGAGAGACUUUGAAGAAGUUAUGUUUGACUUUUACCUUUGCUUUGCCUUCAUCAAAGUUUAUGGAUAAUGUUUCAACUGGUUUUGAAUGUGUGAUUCAGCACUUACAGAAGUAUCUGACUACCAUAACCGUAAUGUUUUAGAGCGGAUUUCACAUGACUGUGCAACAGCACGGAUCACAACACGGACACAGCUUGGCGCGGUCACAGAACCUUGCCUUCUAGGAUUCCAAAUAGAAAUAAAGAUUAAACAAUUCAUCACCGCUACGGCACGGUACGGUUACAGCGCGAAAGUAUCAUGUUUUUUGCCGUCAUACGAAAUCCGCUCUAUAAUGGAAAUGGCUGAUGAAACCAGAAGCAUUUUUCAGCUUGUUCUCAAUCAACUCUUUACAUCAUGGAGACUGUUAACAGGGUAUGUGCCCCAUUUAUCAUCAUUGGUGUGAAGACCAGUGGAAACAAGUCAAUAAACCAUGUGGAACAGAAUACAUGUAAUAUAAAAUUGUGUGUUUGCCCUAAUGGUACAAAAGAAAAUAGCUGGUAAAGAUUGAUAAAAAAAAUUAUAAUACUUUCAUUUUUUUUUAGAAGUUAAAAACAAGUUAAAAUUCCAGUGUAGCUUGAAGCCAAGAACCAAGAACCUUUCUUGUGCAAUUUUCUCACUUACAAAAAAUAAGUGACAACUUUGAUUUGAACCAAUCAGAAAGCAUCUUUCAACAAAGAUCACUUGUAAAACAAAACAUGUGAUUGCAAAGGUUCUUGGGUACACAUAGACCUUUAAGCGUUAACCAGCCACUGAUCAAGUGCAACACUACAAAGUGUCUCAGUUCCUUGGAACCAAUAUAAAUUUUAGCUAAGCAUAAAACAAAUGUUUGCUUAAUAAUCCAUGCUAGUAUUUUAUUGAUUUACCAAAGACAGUAUGUCAUGCACUUGCGAUUGUUUUAUUUUAUAAUACAGUACAUUAUACCCAUAGAUGAAUUUCAGAAUAGAGGUCAGAGAGGCUAUGACAAACUUGCAUGUACAUAAUAAUAUGAAAGAUGUAUUCAACUUUAUGCUAGACAAAGUGUAAAUCUAUUUAUGAAGCAUUUUGUGAAGUCUAACAGUAUCAUAAUGGAAUUAGAGAGUACUGUAAGUAUAUCUAAUUCAUAGAGUAAAGGCUAUCAGACAAUAUCAAAAAAGUCAAUAAAAAAUGGGGUCCUACAUUAGA